CGGAGGGACACUCCUGUGCAGGGACCAUCAAUGCGCUGCAAUCCGCCGCCUGCUCGCACACACGCAUGUAACGCCUCGCUGAAAUCCGGACGCACACGGCGGGGAAGACGCGCAUGUGAAUAUUUUCUCCUUGCAUGUCAGGAGCGGAGGAACUAGUCGCCGGGUCCGCGGCUGUUUGUCUUUUCUUAUCGCUUCUCUCUCCCGCCCCCCCACCACCUCUAUGUCACUCUAAUUAAUCGGAGGCAUGUGGAAUCGCACCAGGAUUAGGAAUCGCUUCCCAAUAGUGUGCCUGCUGUUGACGUUAUGGACGGAGGUGUCCCAGUCAACCGGCUAUUUCGAGCUGCAGCUGAUCUCCGUGGAGAAUGUAAACGGCGAGCUGGCGGACGGGGAGUGCUGCGACGGCUCCAGGAGCUCCCAGGACCUGCGCUGCACCCGCGACGAGUGCGACACCUACUUCAAAAUCUGCCUGAAGGAGUACCAGAUGGAGGUCACCACCAGCGGGACCUGCACGUUCGGAGCUGGAUCUACGCAAGUUCUCGGUGGAAAUAUGUUUUCUUUUAAGAGCGCCAAGAAUAACGCGAACAAAGUCGACGACGCUGGCAAGAUAUUGAUCCCCUUUCAGUUCGCCUGGCCGCGGACGUACACAUUGAUUGUAGAUGCCUGGGACUGGGACAACGCCACGCGCAACAAUGAGGAAGAGCUGCUGAUUGAACGCAGCGUUCACACAGGUAUGAUCAACCCUGGUGACACCUGGCAGACCAUCCUGCACGACGGGCCUGUUGCUCGCCUCAUCUAUCGUAUCCGAGUGCGGUGUGAUGAGAACUAUUAUAGCAAUAAGUGCAACAAGCUUUGUGUUCCUCGGGACGACUACUUUGGCCAUUACCGCUGCGAGCCGACGGGGGCUCAGGUGUGCCUGGAUGGCUGGAUGGGCCCAGACUGCAGGACAGCAAUCUGCAAGCAAGGCUGCAACCUGUUACACGGCAGCUGCUCUGUCCCAGGGGAGUGCAGGUGUAGCUACGGCUGGCGGGGCCAGUUCUGUGAUGAGUGUGUGCUCUAUCCUGGAUGCGUCCAUGGGACCUGCAACACCCCCUGGCAGUGCAACUGCGAGAGGAACUGGGGUGGCCUGCUGUGCGAUAAAGAUCUGAAUUACUGCGGCCGCCACCAGCCUUGUGUCAACGGAGGAACCUGCAUGAACACCGAGCCAGACGAGUACUACUGCGCCUGUCCGCAGGGAUACUCCGGCAAGAACUGCCACAUAGCCGAGCACGCCUGCGUUUCCAGUCCCUGCGCCAGCGGUGGUACAUGCCACGAGGUCCCCACAGGCUUCGAGUGCCAGUGUCCGCCGGGCUGGGAGGGUCCGACCUGUGCCAACAAUUUGGACGAGUGUGCCUCCAGUCCCUGUGCUCAGGGUGGAACCUGCAUCGACCUGGAGGAUGGCUUCGAGUGCGUGUGCCCUCCACAGUGGGAGGGAAAGACCUGCCAGAUAGAUGCAAAUGAGUGCGCAGGAAAGCCCUGCGUGAACGCUCUCUCUUGCAAAAAUUUGAUUGGCGGAUAUCACUGCGACUGUUUUCGGGGAUGGUCCGGACAAAACUGUGACAUCAACGUCAGCGGCUGCCACGGUCAGUGCCAGAACGGAGCAACAUGCAAGGAGGACCUGAGGGGUUACCACUGCCAGUGUCCUCCAGGUUUUGUGGGCACUCACUGUGAAAUCCAGAGGAAUAAGUGCGACAGCCGCCCGUGCCAGAACGGCGGCCGGUGUCACACGGUGUUGGACGGCUUUGUGUGUCAGUGCCCACCAGAGUUUGCUGGACAGCUGUGCGAGAUCUCUAGCUGGUCCCCCUCAAAUGCCUGUGAUCCGAACCCUUGUGAGAAUGAGGCCAAGUGCCACAGCAUGGACCAGGACUUCUACUGCGCGUGUCCCGAAGGCUACGAGGGAAAGACCUGUGAACAGCUCAAGGAGAGCUGCCAAACCAGCCCGUGUCAAGUCAUUGACAGCUGCACCGUUGCUAUAGCAACGAACGACUCAGCUGGAGUGCGGCACAUCCCCUCCAACGUCUGUGGUCCACGAGGACGCUGCAUCAGCCAGCCGGCGGGAAACUUCACCUGCGUGUGUGAUCCGGGAUUCAGCGGCAUCUACUGUCAUGAAAAUAUAAACGACUGCAUCAACAACCCCUGUGCAAACGGAGGGACCUGCAUUGAUGGCGUGAACUCCUUUCAGUGCUUCUGUCCCGAUGGCUGGGAGGGUCGACUGUGCGACCUCAAUGUCAACGAGUGCAGACACAACCCGUGUAAGAAUGGCGGACGCUGCGUCGACCUGGUGAACGACUUCUACUGCGAGUGUGCCGACAACUGGAAGGGCAAGACCUGUCAUUCCCGCGAGAGCCAGUGUGACGCAACCACCUGCAGCAACGGAGGCACCUGCUACGACCAUGGGGAUGCCUUCCGCUGUGCCUGCCCACCCGGUUGGGGCGGAAACACGUGCAACACAGCCAAGAACAGCACGUGCGCCUCCAGUCCUUGUUCCAACGGUGGAACCUGUGUGGGUGGAGGAGACACCUUCACCUGCAUCUGCAAAGAGGGCUGGGAGGGCCCCACCUGUGGCCAAAAUAUAAACGACUGCAACCCUCAUCCGUGUUACAACGGCGGCAUCUGUGUGGACGGAGUCAACUGGUUCCGGUGCGAGUGCGCUCCUGGUUUCGCCGGACCGGACUGCCGAAUCAACAUAAACGAGUGCCAGUCUUCACCCUGUGCCUACGGUGCCACCUGCGUGGACGAGAUCAACGGUUUCCGCUGCAUCUGUCCACUGGGUCGAACAGGAGCCCGAUGCCAAGAGUUCAUAGGUAUCGGGAAGACUUGCCACUAUGCUGGGCUGCAGUUUCCCCACAGUAGCCGCUGGGAGGAAGAGUGUAACAGCUGCCAUUGCAUCAAUGGCAAAGUGGACUGUACAAAGGUGCUGUGUGGUCGUCGUCCCUGCCGGCUCCGGUCAUCAGACCAGGACCAGAGACAGCAGUCCUGCCCGGCUGGACGAGAGUGUCUGGAGCACAGCUACCUCACCUGCUUCUCUCCCCCUUGCCACGAGUGGGGGGUUUGCACCAUGGCUGGACCCUCACCUCCACAAGCAACCACCAAGUGCCAGCCGAACAGCGGGCAUUUGGACAACAGCUGUGGCCGCAUAACACUUGUUUUCAACAGAGACAAAGUACCACCAGGAACAACAGUGGAGAACAUCUGCUACGAGCUGAGGUAUCUUCCCGACACCCGAAGCUUGGCAAAGGACCACGCCCUUCUUCUCCUCUGCGACCUCUCUGACUCAAAUCAGGAUGCUGUAGAUGUGGCUAUAUCGUUCCAGCCAGAGGAUCUACCAGACCACAGUCUGAUCCAGGAGACAGCCAGUGCCAUCGUAGGCUCCUUGUCCAAGCGGCACAACAGCACCAUCAUGCUGGCAGUCAUUGAGGUCAAAGUGGAAACACAGGUCAUGUCCCCUUCAGUGGAUUACCUGGUGCCUCUGCUAUGUGUGGUCUUCUGCUUGCUCUGCCUCUUCUGCAUCAUCGUAUGCGUUUGGUGGACGCGUAAACGGAGAAAAGAGCGUGAGAGGAACGUGCGAUCGGCCGCUGACGACAGCGUGAACAACCAGUGGGAGCCGCUCCGGCUUGUCGUGGGACGCCAGCAGCAGCAGCAGCAGCAGCUUAAAGAAAGCAACAGGGAGGCCGAGCAGGAGCGCAAAAAGCUCAUGGGCCCCUCCUAUCGGACGUGUGAGGGGGAGGGGGAGGAGGAGGAGGAGGAGGAGGAGGAGACGGAAGGCGAGCUUGAGCUCGAGGAUGAGUGUGGUGGAGCAGAGGCGGGAAAGCAGCCAGUAAGUAAGUACUCUAAGACUGCAGUGCAGUCCAGUGGGGGAGUGAUCUGCACCCUGCACAGCUCCAGUUCACCCCUCAAAGCGCCCCACCGGACCCCAAGCUACAGCCCCAAAGACAACCGCUGGAAAAAUGUUAGUGCGGCCUUGACUGGUCAAAAAGACCUCAGAGACCAUUGUGUAUAAGAAAGUUAAACAAAGGACUCGCAGUGUGAGUGCGAGGAGCUGCGAGGCAGCAACUAUUCUUAUUUUUUGGACUACUUUGAGAUGAAAAAAGGCUUUGUGUUUUCAUAAGCCGUUCUUUGCUUUGUUUCCAUGUUUUUGUCACUGUCACCUGAAAUGAUUUUGGAUUCAGGGGGCUAGAGCA